GAGAGAGAGACAAAAGACAUCCCAAUUGCAGAGAAACCGUGUUGAAGUUGGUCUCUGAGCUGCUUCUUCCUUCCUUUUUUUUUCUUUCAUUUUUCUUUCUUUUUAAUUUACAGCUCUUUCCUUUUAUUAUAAUUCCUCCUCAAGAAUACCAGAGAAUCCGUAUAAAUUCCCCCGAACAGUUUCUUCCAACAAAUCUCAGGUUUUUGGUAUUUCAUACUCUCGAGUCUUUUCAGAAAUCAUCAACGGUUAUGGCGUCGAGUCAGUGGACGAGGUCGGAGGAUAAGAUGUUUGAGCAAGCUUUGGUUCUUUUCCCUGAAGGAUCUCCUAAUCGCUGGGAGAGAAUCGCUGAUCAGCUUCACAAAUCUGCUGGUGAAGUCCGGGAGCAUUACGAGGCUUUGGUUCAUGAUGUCUUUGAGAUUGAUGCUGGUCGUGUUGAUGUCCCUGAUUACAUGGAUGAUUCCGCCGCGGCGGCUGGUUGGGACUCAGCUGGUCAGAUCUCCUUCGGCUCUAAACACGGCGAGAGCGAGAGGAAAAGAGGAACUCCUUGGACGGAGAACGAACACAAAUUGUUUCUGAUCGGAUUGAAGAGAUAUGGUAAGGGAGAUUGGAGAAGCAUCUCUAGGAACGUGGUGGUUACGAGGACGCCGACGCAAGUCGCCAGUCACGCACAGAAGUAUUUCCUGAGACAGAACUCGGUGAAGAAGGAGAGGAAAAGGUCGAGCAUACACGACAUCACGACGGUCGACACUAACUUAGCUAUGCCUGGGUCUAACAUGGACUGGACUGGACAGCACGGGAGUCCUGUUCAGCCACCUCAGCAGCAACAGCUUCUGUCCGAGUUUGGUCAGCAAUUGAAUCCUGGUCAUUUUGAGGAUUUCGGUUUUCGGAUGUGAAUUAACAAGGGGGAGAAAUUGCUAUGGGUUUAGUUUAAUAGGGGUUUUACUCAUUUUAUGUGAAUAGGAAAGAAGAACAUAGGAUUGGGUAUUUUCUUAUACAGAUGAUGAUGAUAAUGGUGAUGAAAGAAUAAAAUUAUGUAUAGGAAAGCUUUUGUAAACACAUAUAUGUUUGGUAACCAUUUUGGUAUUUUGAAUCAA